CUUAGGUAGAUGAGAUGACUGACAUCAAUUUCCAUGACCCCAUAUCAUGGAACAGGGCAGCCGAUAUGGCUUUGACGCUGUCAAAAAUCCUCAAAAGUUGAACCUACCUGGGUCCAAAUAUGGCUGAAGGUGGUUCUGGGGCUCAAUCCUAGACUGACUCGUGUCCAUCUAGACAAGCUUUGAUCUUCAACCUCAGGGUUCCUCAUUCCUCUGAUAACGAGAGCUGGAUAACUCCCCCGUCCGAACACUUCAUCUCAACGACGACUUGCCAAGAGGCCAGAAAUAUCGAAGCCUUUCGUUCUUUUCUAGUAGCUGAUGACAUCUCACCAGACACAAUGCUAGUCCAACAAAAGACAAAACCUUGGAUUCUUUACGCUGUGCCCCCACGCGAGGGACACAUGCGACCAGCGCUCCAAAUCACCAAACAUCUCAUCAGCAGCGGCUUCGACGUCACGGUCCUGGGAACAAAACGGUGGAAGCCGACAAUCGAAGCGAUCGGAGCCCACUUUAGUCCCAUCAUCGGACUCUGGAAAACCCUCGACGAUCCAUCUCGCUGGCCAGACAUCGCACAGGCAUCGGAUCCAGCCACUAGACUUGCCGCAUCUCUCGAUGGGGGAUUCAUCUCGUUGCUACCAAGCGGACUGGAAUCAGUACGGGUGGCGUUGGCGGGUAUGAGACGACGAGAGCCCGGCUGUCAGAUCUUCGUCCUGUCGGAUACGUGCUUCUCCGGGACGCUGGCUUUGAAGUUGGGCACAGACCUGCCUGAACUGUUUGAAGAGGAUGAGGUGAUUAAGACUAUCGGGAUUGGUGUCGUUCCAGUGUUCUGGACCAGCCCUGAGCGGCCACCGUGGGGAUCUGGCCUUCCUUUCGACGACAGUGAGGAAGGGCGGGCAAAGAAUGUCAGAGUACACAAAGAGACGUGGAACAGCGCCGCUGAGGAUCGUGCGAGAUGGGUAUUGGGGUUGAUGGGAUGUCCCAAGCCCGUUGUGUCCCUUUAUGAAGGGCUAUCAACGAGUAUAGAACAUCCCUUCUGGGACGCAUCGACGGUCUGUCACGACACAGUCCUGCAAAUGUGUCUCCCGAGUCUUGAAUUCCUUUCAUCAGACUGGCCACGGAAGAUCAAGUUCGCGGGGACGCUCCCGAUCAAACCUAUUCCAUCUGACCUUACAUAUCCGAGGUGGUUCAACGAUAUCCUCUCAAACAGCUCAUCUCUCCAGGUAUCGAAACCCAGUCGCAAGAAAAUUGUCUUUGUGGCCCAAGGAACUGAAGUGCUGGACCACGAAGAACUCAUCAUCCCGACAAUGAAGGCCUUGGCUACCUGUCAUGACAUCCUAGUCGUUGCUUGUCUUUGCGUGGCCGGAGCAACUCUCAACACGAGCACUUUUGGGAACGGAGAAUUGCCAGUAAAUGCUCGGGUGGUGGAUUACUUCCCGUACGACGCGAUCUUGGCGCACGCGGACGUCUUUGUGUCAAACAGCGGGUACGGAGGGUUUCAACAUGCGGUCUCAAAUGGUGUGCCGAUGGUGCAAGCGGGAAACACGUUUGACAAGCCAGAUAUCGGGAGAAGAAUUGAGUGGUCUGACUUGGGGGUGUUUCUAUCGGAGUCUCCUCCAUCCGUGAGCGCCGUUGAGCAGGCAGUGACAGAGGUUCUGGGUGAUGACAAGUUUAAGAGGCGAGCAGAGGAGCUUAGGAAAGAAGCGAGCACAUAUGAUCCAUUAAAAAUGGUUGAAGAAGAGAUACUGCUCUUAGCUACGUCGGCGGGGUCCUCGCCGAGUUAAGCAGAUCGUGUCAAGGGUAGAGAUAACAGCAAGGGUAAGCCGUGACUGAGCCUUUCACGCGAACAAUAAAGAAACACUUUUGAACUAUCUCAAUCCUUGAUAUAACAUCAGUACGGAAAUCCAAAGCUGGUUCCGUCUUAACAACCGCAAGCCGUGGCCAUCUACUCCUCGUCGUUCAUCUCCUCAUCCCCACUCUCAAAAUCGGCUUCACCCUAAAAGACGUUAGUUGCCUAUGUCCAACGAGCUCACGCAGUGGCAGAGUAUUCAUACCCCGAGUCCCCCUUCCUUGUUUUGAAGCUCCUUCAUUCCGUACACAACCGCCGGCAGCUCAAAGUCCUUGGGCGCAGUGAUAAUACCAAACUCAACCAAGCCGUCAAAGUUGCUACCCCACCAGCUACGUCCAUAGAACCCGACAAUACGCUCGUCUGCUUGCGCUUCUG